AAUUAUUAAAAAAGGUAUUUGAACCUAAAUACAAUAGUAGAGAAAAUUAUGAUAUAUACUUUAGUUUAAUUUAUGGACCACAAUGUGAAAAUAAGAAUGAAGAGAAAACUAAUAGUUCAAUUAAUGAAAGUAAUAAAAUUCUAUCUGGUGGUUUAUGGCAUAUUGGCAAUAUGUUUAUUACCAAUUUUGACAAAGAAUGCAGAUAUCCAAAAAAAAAGAAAGAGACAAAG